GUUGUGUUUUCGCAGUCGCUAAGAAAUCGUCAAUUGUCGCAAAUUACUAGUAGAAAUCUGCCGUGAAGUUUUGGUUGAAAACUUUGAUUUUUUGUGGAACGGAAAAGAAAUAGUUGAAGUCCUUGCAUAAUGGACUCCAUGUGCUAGAUUUAUAUUUUUGUCCCGUAUAUAUAAAUAACUCUGUUCUAAUGGAUAAGAAAACUAUUUUCUUAACCCUGUACUUGCUCUACAUCUGUCACGUGCAUGCUGAGGAUGGAGACAUCAUUAUGAACGAUGAAGACGACGAGGACAUAAACCCACUGGUCCACGCCGCACCGGAACUGACCGAUAACGAGAGUGACCGUCCCGAGCGCCAUAUUAGUUUCAACGUCCAGAGCGCGCCGGCUGUUAGUGCCAGAUACGCUUAUGGCGGAGGAGCAGGAGGCGGGGGAGGAUACGGGAACAACAUUAAAACGUCAUUUAAAACUGGAUUCGGAGGGGACCUUCUUUCUAAGACUUUAGGUGUCUUUGGACUCGGAAAGGGGCAAGGAAACUUUUACGGCGGCGAGUCCCAACGUCUAGAUGCCUCUGGCAAGUGCUCCGCCCUGCCGCUUCCCCCAAAUGUCCAAGCCUCGUGCCAUAACGGGCGAUGCAAGGUCUUUUGCCCAGCUGGGUACAGCUUCGCCCAGAACAUCCAGGAGCUCGAGAUGUUCUGCAGUAACGAUGGGUGGAUCGUGGCUAACUCAGUUUUUACCGAAGUUCCUCCGUGUCAGGCCCAAUGCUUCCCCCCUUGUCAGAAUAAUGGCAUAUGUCUAUCGGCUGGAGUGUGCCAGUGCCCGGAAAACUACUACGGCCCGGUGUGUCAGCAGAAAAAGUCGAUUUGUGCGUCCUUUCCCAAAGCUCCUAAGAACUCAAAAGUCUCCUGCCGCAACAAUGUGUGCAACGCUCAGUGCAUGCGGGGUUUCCAGUUUCCGGAUGGCAGUGGCAUAACUAAUAUCGAGUGCCGUAACGGCCAAUGGGUGCACACUAAGACUGGACUUUCCACCACCCCAGACUGUGCUCCCACCUGCAAUCCCGCUUGUCAGAACGGAGGACAGUGCAUCAGCUUCAACGUAUGCCAAUGCUCGAAGAUGUUCCGUGGCGCCCAUUGUCAAUUUAAUAUUGACCGUUGUAACGUGACGAAUACUAACUUCAACGGCAAUUAUAAGUGCUCCUAUGAAAUGGAGGAGGCUCGCUGUACAUUUAACUGCCCUCAAGUGCCAGGAUUGAAGGUCCAAGGACGUCUCGACAUUGAGUACAAGUGCAACUAUCAAACGGGACAUUACAGGCCCGCAACGCUGCCAAAGUGCAUUUUCCCUCCUGGCUAUACGAUUCGCUCCAGCACCUCUACACAGAAGGUGACGCAGCAGGCUGGAUCCGUUUAUCACGGAGGCUUCAGUGGCGAAGUGGCCUACGAAAUCCGCACCGAACGAGAGAAACUGUUGGCGUUGCUGGCAAAGUACAGAGACCUAGAGCGGAAAAGUGAGUGGUGGUCCUCCGAGGAAACAGUGGUGACUCCCGGCAGGUAUUCCCUGUACCAGAGCAGUGAAGUGGACUUGGUGAUCGACAAGACUCCUCGCCCAGCCCUUUGUACUACUUGGGGUGGAAUUAACAUAAAGACUUUUGAUGGCCUUGUCUUCAAAGCUCCUCUGUCUUGUUCACACACAUUGAUUACGGACAACGUUUCCGGCACUUUCGAUAUCAUCCUAAAGGCCUGUCCUUAUGGUUCCGGCUAUGGGUGUGCUCACACCCUGAAGAUUCUAUGGCAAUCAGUUCUGUACACAUUCGAGAAUCUAAAUGGUACCAUGCAGCUGUCGACGCCCAUAAAGACUCUUCCCAUGCCAGUGCAGGUAAUGGGCAUGAAAGUUAUGCCCGUGGCUCAGCAUGUGCAAAUCGAUCUAGAGUCCGUGGGCAUUAAACUAGACUGGGACCAUCGUCAGUAUGUCUCUGUUCAUGCCGGUCCGCAAAUGUGGGGCAAAGUGGGUGGUCUUUGUGGAUCUUUGGACGGUGAUUUCAACACGGACUUGGUCUCCAAGACUGGCAAAAAGCUGGAGACAGUCAAGGCAUUUGCGGACGCAUGGCGCGUGGAGGACAGAAGCGAAAUGUGUCAGGUGGAGAACAGCGCCGAGCUUGAUUUCGGAGUUGAAUCGUGCCCGCAGGCCAAAAUGCAAAAGGCUGCGUCAGUCUGUGAGCGACUGCUGGCCAACGAGAAGUUGGGUGAUUGCAUAAAACCAUUUAACUACGAGGCUCUGAUCCGGUCCUGCAUGGCCGACUACUGCAACUGCGCGAACCAGGAGCACCCUGAGAGUUGCAACUGCGACUCCAUCGCCAUGCUCGCCAAGGAGUGUGCUUUUAAGGGAAUCAAGCUAGAACACGGCUGGCGAAACCUGGAAAUAUGUCCCAUCAGUUGUGGGUUUGGCCGGGUUUAUCAGGCUUGCGGUCCAAAUGUAGAGCCCACAUGCGACUCUAACGGAGCAGUCAGACCGUCCAGAGAAUCGUGUAACGAAGGCUGCUUUUGUCCUGAAGGCACCGUCCAGUAUAAAGAUGCUUGCAUCACUCGCGAGCUUUGUCCCUGCACUCUUCGCGGCAAGGAGUUUAAGCCAGAGUCCACUGUAAAGAAGAACUGUAAUACUUGCACCUGUAAGAACGGACAGUGGCGCUGCACUGAUGAUAAGUGUGGCGCCCGGUGCGGAGCUAUCGGAGAUCCGCACUACCAAACGUUCGACGGAAAGCGGUACGACUUCAUGGGAAAAUGCUCAUACCACCUUUUGAAGACGCAGAAUUUAUCGGUGGAGGCGGAAAAUGUGGCCUGUUCGGGUGCCAUUUCGGAAGCCAUGAACUUUGCCGCACCUGACAAUCCAUCUUGCACCAAGUCCGUGACCAUCAGAUUUACCCUGCGCGACGGUACUCCUUCAACGAUCAAACUUGACCAGGGCUUGGCUAUCGCUGUCAAUGACAAACCAAUUGUCAAGCUCCCGAAGAUGUUGGGUCUAGGCGAGAUCUUGAUCCGGCGAGCAAGCUCCACUUUCCUGACAGUGGAGUUUGCCGAUGGCAUCCGCGUGUGGUGGGAUGGGGUAUCGCGAGUGUACAUCGACGCCUCUCCCAGCUGGCGAGGCCAAACAAAGGGCUUGUGUGGAACCUUUAAUUCCAAUACUCAAGAUGACUUCCUUACACCCGAAGGCGACAUAGAAACGGCCGUAGAGCCGUUUGCAGAUAAAUGGCGGACCAAGGACACUUGUCAGUUCCCAGCUGAGAGUCACCAGGGGCCGCAUCCCUGCACGCUAAAUCCGGAGAAGAAAGCCAUGGCGGAAAAGUACUGUGACUGGAUCCUCCAGGACAUUUUUCAGGAGUGUCACUUCAUGGUCGAACCGGAGCAGUUCUACGAGGAUUGUCUAUAUGACACCUGUGCCUGCAAAGAUGAGCUGUCUAAGUGCUUUUGUCCCAUUUUGUCGGCCUACGGUACGGAGUGCAUGCGGCAGGGAGUAAAGACUGGCUGGCGCAUGACGGUCAAGGAGUGCGCUGUGAAGUGUGCCAUGGGACAGGUGUACGACGAAUGUGGCGAUGGCUGCGCUCUCACCUGCGACGAUUUGCCCAGCAAAGGCACCUGCAACCGGGAAUGCGUCGAGGGCUGUCGCUGUCCACACGGAGAGUACAUCAACGAGGACGGCGAGUGCGUUCCUAAGAGUAAAUGCCACUGUACCUUCGAUGGCAUGACUUUUAGGCCGGGCUACAAGGAGGUUCGUCCUGGCGAAAAGUUCCUGGACCUAUGCACCUGCACGGACGGGCUGUGGGACUGUCAAGAUGCCGAGCCGGGAGACAAGGAGAAGUAUCUUCCCUCGUCAGAGCUGCGAUCUAAGUGUGCAAAGCAGCCCUACGCUGAGUUUGUCAAAUGCGCUCCCAAGGAGCCGAAGACCUGCAAGAACAUGGACAAGUACGUAGCAGACUCAUUAGACUGCCUUCCCGGGUGCGUCUGCAUGGAGGGUUACGUCUUCGAUACGUCCAGAUCCACCUGUGUGCUUCCAAGUAACUGUUCCUGCCACCAUGCUGGAAAGAGCUACAAUGACGGAGAUGAAAUGAAGGAAGAUUGCAACCUGUGCUUGUGCCAAUCUGGCAACUGGAAGUGCUCGAAAAAAGGCUGCGAAUCAACAUGUAGUGUCUGGGGCGACUCUCACUUCACAACAUUCGACGGUCAUGAUUUUGACUUCCAGGGAGCUUGUGAUUAUGUUCUAGCCAAGGGUGUCUCCGACAAUGGAGAUGGUUUCAGCAUAACUAUUCAGAAUGUCCUUUGUGGGACUUUGGGAGUCACUUGUUCGAAGUCACUGGAAAUUGAAUUAACUGGUCAUGCUCAAGAGUCGUUGAUUCUCAGUGCCGAUUCUGCCUACAGCACCGACCCUAACAAGACUCCCAUCAAAAAACUAAGAGAUAGUGCGGCGUCUAAAGGCUAUAACUCUUUCCACAUUUACAAGUCGGGGGUCUUUGUGGUUGUUGAAGUAAUUCCCUUGAAACUGCAGGUUAAGUGGGACGAAGGAACUCGCGUUUACAUAAAGCUGGGUAACGAAUGGCGUAGAAAGGUCAGCGGGCUGUGCGGAAAUUACAAUGGCAACAGCCUGGAUGACAUGCAGACCCCCUCACUGGGUCUGGAGACCAGCCCAAUGCUCUUCGGCCACUCGUGGAAGCUGCAACCACACUGCUCAGCUCCUGUAGCACCCAUUGAGGCCUGCAAGAAGCACCCAGAACGCGAAACAUGGGCCCAACUGAAGUGUGGUGCAUUGAAGUCGGAGAUGUUCAAGGAGUGCCAUGCGGAAGUUCCUCUGGAUCGCUACUGGAAGCGCUGCAUCUUCGACACAUGUGCCUGCGAUCAGGGUGGCGACUGUGAGUGUCUUUGCACAGCAGUAGCCGCUUAUGCGGAUGCCUGUGCCCAGAAGGGCAUCCACAUACGAUGGAGGUCUCAGCACUUCUGCCCUAUGCAAUGUGAUCCCCAUUGCGCUGAAUAUAAAGCCUGUACGCCGGCCUGCGCGGUGGAGACUUGCGACAACUUCCUCGACCAGGGAAUUGCCGAUCGGAUGUGCACCCGGGAGAAUUGCCUGGAGGGCUGCCACAUAAAACCUUGCCAGGACGGAUUCAUCUAUUUGAAUGACACUUACAGAGACUGUGUACCCAAGGCCGAGUGCAAGCCGGUGUGCAUGGUAAAAGAAGGAAAAACAUACUACGAGGGCGACGUAACCUACACAGAUGCUUGCGCCACGUGCCGCUGCUCAAAACGGAAGGAGAUCUGCAGUGGAGUCAAGUGCGAAGCCCCUACGACGCCGAAGCAAUGGUCGCCCAUUAUAGAAGGCACCACAACCUCUCCACCUCUAGCGACCCAAAAUCAGACCAAGUGCGUCAAGGGAUGGACGCGGUGGUGCGACAAAGACAGAGACUCAUCGGACAAGAGCGUACGUCUGAACGACGAAGAGAAGCUUCCGCGUUACGAUCGUCUGGAAAACAUCUAUGGAACGUGCCUGAAAGAGUACAUGACCAAGGUGGAGUGCCGCGUCAAAGGAACCCACGAGGAUCCCGCUCAAAUGGAUGAGAAUGUUGUGUGCAACCUGGACGUGGGUCUUCAAUGCACCGGAAAGUGUCACGACUACGAGUUGCGGGCCUUUUGCCAGUGCGACGACCAGCCUUUGCCCGACAUCCCGAAACCAACCGAGAAGCCCCAAAUAGGACUAGCAUGCGAUGCGGCCAUUGUACAAUACAAGGAGUUCCCUGGAGACUGCCACAAAUUCCUCCAGUGCCAGCCAAACGCAGUGGACGGUAGUUGGAUUUACGUAGAGAAAACCUGCGGCGACUUUAUGAUGUACAACCCUAGUCUGUUCAUUUGCGAUCACAUAGCCACCGUCCAACAAAUUAAUCCCAGGUGCGGCACGAAACCUACCUUGGAGCCCGAACCCGAACCUAUAAGACAGUGCCCAGAGGGGCAGAUCUGGGCAGACUGCGCCAACCAAUGCGAGCACACGUGUCACUACUACGGCAGCAUUUUAAGAAAGCGCGGGCUGUGCCAUCCCGGGGAGCAUUGUAAGCCUGGCUGUGUGGAGCUUCAACGGCCUGACUGCCGGGUGCAGGCCAAGUAUUGGCGAAAUGAGACCACGUGCGUACAUGUAGACGAGUGUCCCUGCAUGGACAAGAACGAACUCUAUGUCCAGCCCCACAAGCCCGUGGUCGGAGAAACUGAGCUUUGCCAAUGUAUCGAUAAUUCCUUCACUUGUGUGCCAAACAAACCGGAGCCCAUUCCAGUACCACCAAAAGAGGAAGGGGAGACACGAAUACCCUUUGGACCCAUUUUGCCGGUCACGUUGACCCCGCCCUUGGAAUGUUCCCCAGAAAGGCUAAUUCCCAAGAUUGAAAACAUUCAGCACCCCCAGCCAGACGGUAUUUUCAAUGCCAGCUCUCAACUUGCUCCGGAGCACGGGCCCCACAUGGCUCGUCUCACUAAAGAAUAUCCCAAGGGCAGUUGGUCCCCGAGCAUCAACGAUCAAAUGCAGUAUCUGGAACUAAACUUUGGCAAGCCUGAGCCAUUCUAUGGAGUGAUCAUGGCUGGAAGCCCUGAUUUCGACAAUUACGUCACUCUUUUUAAGAUCCUUCACAGUCACGACGGCAUUAGCUACCACUAUCUGGUUGAUGAAACAGAGAAACCACAAAUGUUCAGCGGCCCCCUGGACUCAAGGGCCCCCGUACAGUCUCUCUUUAAAAUUCCAAUUGAAGCCCGAUCCCUCCGCAUUUACCCUCUCAAAUGGCACGGCUCGAUUGCAAUGCGCGUUGAGCUCUUGAUAUGCGGGGACAAAGUGGUUCCAGAGCCCAUAGUCUUUGUCCCAACCACCACGGAGACACCAACUGAGCUGAGGAACCAAGAAUGCAUAGACCAUAUGGGCGUAAAUGAGGGAAAACUAUACCCCGAGCAAGUGCAAUCGAGCAGUUUAUGGCAGUGGCCCGAACUCACUAAGAAGCCACAAAUACUGGAUUUGCUCAAGCUAUCCACUCCACUCGCCUGGAGGCCCCUCGCCAAUACUCCCAAUGAAUUCAUUCAGUUUGAUUUCCUCGAGCCGCGCAACAUUUCUGGCUUCGUUACCAAGGGAGGUCCAGAUGGAUGGGUUACGGGGUACAAGGUGAUGUUUUCCAAAAAAAAACCGACUUGGAACACGGUGCUUUCCGCCAAUGGGCAGCCUCGCAUUUUCGAGGCCAACGUGGACGCCCAAACAGAGCGCACGCACCAUUUUAAGAAUCCGAUUCUGACCCAAUAUCUAAAGAUUGUGCCAGCGAAAUGGGAGAAAAAUAUCAACAUGCGCAUUGAGCCCUUGGGAUGCUUCCAACCAUAUCCUGAGAUCCAGCGUCAAGUACCCGUAGACUUUAGCGAACCCACCAAGUGCAACAUUUGUGAAGGAAUAUCUGCUCCCGGAUUGAACGAGGUCUGUGAAUGUGUGGAUCAACUGUUCUGGGAUGGCAAUACCUGUGUGCAACACAACCUCUGCCCCUGCGUCGAGAACUAUGUUAGCUACCCGAUCGGAAGCAAGUUCGAAAACUCCGCCUGCGAGGAGUGCGUCUGCGUUCUUGGAGGCCACAAAAAUUGCAAACCAAAGAAGUGCCCACCCUGCCAAGAUGCCAAGCUUCGAUCAGUCAUUACUAGCGACUGCUUCUGCAAGUGCGAGCCUUGUCCAAAACAUCAGCGAUUGUGCCCGUCUAGUGGAGACUGUAUUCCCGAGAUUCUGUGGUGCAAUGGUAUACAAGACUGCGCCGAUGACGAGGACGCCAGCUGCAGAGAUUCGUUUACUGUGGAGCCCGAAAUCAAGCGGGAAAAGAACCAGACUGAAGUCAUCACCUGUCCUGUCCCGGAAUGCCCACCACAUAUGAAGAUCAAAAUAACAGAGAAGAAACAGCGAAAGAUGUCCAAAAUGUUCACGUUUUCCAAGCAGGUGUCUAUCGUGGAUGAUGGUGUCACCAUCACAAAAACAAAGUUUAUUUCUUCGAAAGAACAAAUUCUGGCAUUACCCAGCCAGGAAGUAGACUUCCAUGAGGAGGAGCAGUGCGAAGAGUUCACCUGUGUACCCAUCCCAAAUACGCAGUUGAACAAAAACGAGACUAUUUCCUGCACAGAGCCUAAGUGCCCUGAGAAAUACGAUGUCGAACUGGAUAUGAGCGCUGCUAAGGCAGGAGACUGUCUGAAGUACACCUGUGUUCUCCGGCCCAACAAAGACGACGUUUGUGAAAUUAGCGGCAAGAGUUUCACAACCUUCGACGGAACCGUUUUUAAGUACAGGCCCUGCAGCCACAUUCUAGCCAGGGAUAUUCAAAAUGGUAGCUGGUCCAUAUCAGUUCACCAGGACUGCAGCGACGAGCACCGAAGAAUAUGCCGCAAAGUGAUUACAAUUCAAGACAAAGAGGCCGGAAAUGAGCUGAUUUUGCUGCCGUAUCUGAAACUCAAGUUCAAUGGAUUCGAGUUUACCGUGGAACAGCUAAUCAAUUCACCAAUAUGCAAGGCUUCUUUUGUAGUAUCGCAGCCGGGAAAAACUCUUCUGGCAGUGUCGACCAAGUACGGCUUCUGGGUCCAGCUCGAUGACAUUGGAAUCGUCAAAGUUGGUAUCUCAUCCAAGUUCAUACGCACGGUCGAUGGUCUGUGUGGGUACUACAACGGCAAUCCUCGGGAUGACAAAAGAUCGCCGGAAGGCCAAAUAGUUCCUAACACAGAAAUGUUCGGCGACAGCUGGUAUGAUAAGCGGAUCCCAAAAGAUCAGUGUGGAGACUUGAAGUGCUCCAGAGAUAUGCAGGCCAAGGCCCUCCAGUUGUGCAACAUCAUUCACCAUCCAACCUUCGCCCGGUGCCACAAGGCUGUCAACUAUAAGCAGUUCCUCAACAAUUACUGCCUUGAGGCUGCAUGCGACUGCAUGAUAGCUAAUAACGGGGACACAAGCGCUUGCAAAUGCAACAUCCUGGAGAGCUUUGUGAAGAAGUGCCUUAGUGUAAAUCCAUUGGUUCAGCUGACCACCUGGAGAACGGUGGCGCAGUGCGAGAUUAGUUGCCCGGCUCCAUUAGUGCACACGGACUGUUAUAAACGCCGAUGCGAACCGUCCUGCGACAACAUUCAUGGCGAUGACUGCCCGGUGCUCCCUGAUGCCUGUUUUCCGGGCUGCUAUUGCCCGGAAGGAACUGUAAGAAAAGGUCCGAACUGCGUCCCAAUAUCCGACUGCAAGGACUGCUUAUGUAAUUCUCUGGGUGGAUCCAAGUACAUGACCUACGAUCGUAAAAGUUUUAAUUUCAACGGAAACUGUACUUAUUUAUUGUCUCGAGACGUAGUGCUGCCUGGGGUGCAUACCUUCCAGGUGUACGUCAGUAUGGACGACUGCAAGAAACUGGGCCAGAUUACGUCUCUGGACGGAGCCAGCUGCACCAAGUCAUUGCAUAUUCUCAACGGAGACCACGUCAUUCACGUCCAACGUAUUCCAAACAAGCCGAAAUCCUUGCAAGUCCUGGUCGAUGGUUUUGAAGUUAAAAAGAUUCCGUAUAAGGACAGUUGGAUCGGGAUUCGCCAGGUGAUAGGCAAGGAGCUUGUCUUAUCACUUUUAGACUCCCAUGUGGAGCUAUCUGCAUCCUUCGAGGAGCUCAUUUUCUCUCUGGGAGUGCCAAGCAUUAAGUAUGGAAGCAAGAUGGAAGGUAUUUGCGGGGAUUGCAACGGGAACGCUGGAAACGACCUGCAGCCUAAUCCGGCAAAGAUGAAGCCUGGUGUAGACGUCAUUCAGAGCUGGCAAGCAGAUGAACCAAAACUGGGAAUUGUGGAGGAAUGCCUGAGCGAGGAUGUGGCCAAAAAGGACUGCAUCCCCCUUCCGCCAGAGAAAGAUCCCUGCUUGCAGUUCUACAACUCGGAGCUAUUCGGCAAGUGUCCCCUGGUGGUGGAUCCCAUUGCAUACGUGUCUGCGUGUCAACAGGACAUUUGCAAGCCAGGAAAUACCCAACAAGGGGUCUGUGUGGCUCUCGCGGCUUACGCCAAAGAGUGCAACCAACAUGGAAUUUGCACCAAGUGGCGAAGGCCCCAGCUCUGCCCAUACGAGUGCCCAAGCAACAUGGUAUACGAACCGUGUGGAUGUGCUAAGACUUGCGAUACCAUUAAGGCCUUAUCGGAGUUCGAUGCAGUAAGCUUAAAGAACCAGGCCUUCGUUCAUACGGUUAAGAGCGAUGAGAUGUGUCUUAGCUCGGAACGCUUUGAAGGAUGCUUCUGUCCCGCAGGUCAGGUGAUGGAUGACGGAAAAUGUGUGCCUGAAAUAGCCUGCACGAAGUGCGACGAUGGCUUGCACCUCCCCGGCGAUACCUGGCAAAAGAGCAAGUGCAUUGAUUGUCUGUGUGACCAAACCGGCAAGACAUCGUGUGUUGAAAAGAAAUGUCAGGUGGAAGAAAACAUCUGCGCCGAAGGCUACAAGCCCGAAACCAUCGUCAGCAAGGAUUCCUGCUGCCCCAAGUAUCGAUGUGUUCCGGAGCUCAAAGACCCAGCAAAGGUGUGCUUGGCUCCGCUUAUGCCCAUUUGUGGGCCAGGACAGUUCAAAAAACAGAAAAACGAUGUGAACGGCUGUCCUCAGUACAUUUGCGAAUGUAUGCCCAAAGAUCAGUGUGAACCUUUGAUGCCGUCACGGGAGUUGGGUCCUGGCGAAAAGAUUGUGACAAUCGAGGAGGGCUGUUGUCCCACUCAAAAGAUAAUCUGCGAACCGGAAUUGUGUCCCAAGGCCCCCAAUAGUUGUCCCGAGCGAUUCUACGAGGUCAAGACAGUGAAGGAUUUGGAUAUGUGCUGCUCCAAACAUUCCUGUGUCCCACCAAAGGAUAUGUGUAUUGUCCAGUAUGGGCUUGACGAAUCCUCCAAGUUUACCAAGCAAAUAGGAGAGAAGUGGACUCACGCCAAGGAUCUUUGCAUUCAUGAGACCUGCUCAUAUGGUCCCGACGGAUCAUCCCAAGUGGUCAGCUCUCUUGAACAAUGUGUGACAGAUUGCGCCCCAGGAUUUAGUUAUCAAAAAGUCAACCCAUCCAAAUGCUGCGGCCAAUGUGUUCAGACCUCUUGCAUAUUUGAACAGAAACUUUAUGAUGUCAACGCACAUUGGAAGUCAGUCGACAACUGCACUUCCUACAUCUGUCUGAAAAAAGAUCAACAACUAAUGGUCUCUUCCUCACAAGAAGUGUGCCCCGAUGUGGGUAGUUGUCUCUCCCACCUUUUGUACCAAGAUGGCUGUUGCAAGCGCUGCAAGGUGGAGCCGUUGGUGGAGGAUAAAUCAAACUGCUUGCCAGUUUCACUGGCAGAGUCGCAAACAACCCGCAUUAUCAAGGUUCCCAAGAUAGGUCAUGGGGAGUGUGUGAACGCCGAACCAAUUAGAGGGUUCACUGACUGCCAAGGCGCCUGCUCUUCCGGAACUAAGUACAACACACUCACUGAUGUCCACGAAAAGUAUUGCACUUGCUGUAAUAUCAAGUCCUACCAACCAAUAUCAGUAAACAUGAUAUGUGAGGAUGGCCACACUUACAUCCAAAAGCAUGAAUUACCUGCCAACUGCGGAUGUUCGUUGUGCUCAGAGUUAUCAGACCCCGCGAUCGACAUUAGAAUUCAACCGGACGUACAAUCCCCGCUUCUUAAGUUACUGAGUUCUCCGAAAACUCUAUAAUAAUCCACAUAAGACUAAAAUUACUCGUUAAUAAAAAGACACAGCAAUUUA